ACAAUACAGGUACCGUAUUGCAUUGCGACAGGAUAUGUUCGUAGUACAGUAGUAGGCCUUUUUUUGAAUCAAAAUUUCAGGAUUUAGGCUACAGACAUGGAUAUUGAAGAAGCAUUUAUAGAAGCUGGAAGUUUUGGGAAAUUCCAGAUAGUGGUCACUUUGAUUAAUUAUUGUUCAAAUAUUUUAUUCGGAAGUCAAAUGGUGAUAAUGGUUGUUGUGGGUGCCACGCCAAAUAAGGAUAUUCCCAGUGAGGCAAAUUUAACAACAAUCGUGACGGAGUGGAAUUUGUAUGAUGAGCAGUGGGUGAUUGAUUUGAUGGGAAGUUUGUUCUUUGCUGGCUACAUUGCUGGUUCUUUCAUUUUUGGCCAACUGCCUGAUUUAUACGGAAGGAAACGCAUCAUGAUUAUAAACUUUACUCUUGCUGCAAUUUGUUGUUUUUGUUCUGCAUUUUGCCAAAACUGGCAUACAUUUGCUGCCACAAGAUUCAUAGGUGGAUUAUUUGCUGGUGGAGCUGUAGCACCAGGUUUUGUUCUGAUGUGUGAACUCAUUGGCAAAGAUCUUUGGGCACGGAUUGGAAUGUUGUAUCAGAUAUUUUUUUCAUUUGGUGUGAUGCUUCUCAGCUUAUUGGGUUACUUGCUACAGGAUUGGAGGAAAAUAAUUAUGGUUUCUUGUGGAAUGUGUGUCCUGCUGCUACCCUGUUUCAUAUUUUUAAUACCUGAAUCCCCGCGAUGGUUGUAUUCUGUUGGUAGAAUAGAUGAAGCAGAAAGAAUUAUGAUUUAUAUUGCAAAAAAGAAUGGAAAAGAUGAUACUGUUAUUCAUCUGUCAAAGGAAGUCGAUAUAUCACACACUGAUGCUGAUUUCAAGAAACAUUCUCUUGUCGAUUUACUGAAAAUAAGGAAAUUGACAAUUUAUCUUGUGGUUGGAUGCUAUUUAUGGUUUGCUUGUUCACUGUCAUAUUAUGGAUUAACUCUUGAUGCUGCAGAUCUGACUCCAAAUCUUUUUGUUGCGAUUGUUUUAUCUGGUGCCGUGGAAAUUCCAGGCUACAUUCUAACUAUUGUAAUGAUGGACCACCGAUGGUUUGGUCGUAAAGGAACAACAGUCCUUCUCUUACUUGCUUCAAGUUUAACCAGCAUCUGUAUUUGUUUCCUGGGAGAUACAUCAUCAGGAGCGAAAACAGCAUUAGGACUCAUCAGCAAACUCACGAUUGCUGCAGGAUUUUCCAUCUUGUAUGUUUACUUAUCAGAAAUCUUCCCAACACAGUUACGAACAAUUGCACUGAUUGUUUCAAAUGUGUUUGCUAGAAUUGGUGGAAUUGUGGCUCCUUUUGUACCACUAUUGAGUUCAACUGCCUACUAUUUACCCUAUGUCGUAUUUGGUGUUGGAACUUUAAUCGCGGGUGCAGCAGGUCUAGCAUUACCAGAAACUUAUAACAGAAAACUUGUUGUUAUGAGUGACUUUGUUGAAGACAAAAGGCCGCUUGUUGCUAGAUCUAGAGUUAUUGAUGGCGAUGAUGAAUCUAUCAAUGCAGAUGAUAAAGAUCGCUUGCUGACGUGAAAAACUGAAGAUUUCAGCUUAGACUAUGCAAAUGAAAUUCAAAUAUGUUAAUGCAUAUGGACUGAUCAAGAUGACUUUCAAUUUCUAAGAUUUAUAAUACAAGUUAUUUAUCAGUAUCGAUUUAUAUUCUCCAGUUUCAAUAUACAUAGUGUUAUCAGCUUAUUUUUUUGGACUGAAUAUGCAAUUUGAAGUUAUUAUUAUUGUAAAUACACACUCCCGUUCUUUACAUUAUUUCAUUGUAUACUCCAGAUGAUAAAAGACAAA